AUGUCCCACCGUCCUCCCACGUCGAACCCGGCGCGGAGCUCGCGGCCCCAACCGGUCACGAAAUCCGGCUCAGUACCAAAGGCCACCUCCGACACAUUGGCGGCACCAAAGCCUGUCCGUCCUAUCUCGGCAACACUCCAGCCCCCGACGGCCCAGUGGACGGGAAAUCCCAGCCCAUCUUCUUACACCAGCUUCAACGUUCCUCCUCCUGGGAGCCCGGCACCGAACGCCAACGGCCCAUCGGCGCCCCCGAAAAUGCCGGCCUCCUCGCCCGGUUCUUCCGCCGCCGACCGUCUGUCCCAACUCCGUAGCCCGGGACCCGGCGCCAUCACCAGCUUUCCUCCUCCCCCGCCAACGCCGCCCCAGAGAGAAGCAACAUGCCAGUUGCCCAAGGGGACCGCACAACCGCCGAAGAAGACAUCUACUUCAGCGACUAACACCGCCGCCCGGGCUCAGGCUAGUGUCGCCAACGGUGUCUGGACGCCUCCGGAGAACGCGACGAGCCCCGUGGAAGCAGCCGCCGGGGCCAAGCAGCGGCCUGGGGUCAUCGACUUGGACAACCUAGAAGAAACCCUCCAGAACCUGCGUUUCGCACCCUCCCCGAUGCUGUCCACCAUCUACUCCGUGCCGUCGACCCCCGGCGAUGAAAUUUCCACCCCUGACUUCCCCACCAGCCACAGGUCGUCCUGCUUUACGCCCCCAUCCGCCAACCCUACCCCGGAACCCAUCACGCCGGUGGACGCGACCCCACGAGGGCCUCUGCCGAUGAUCAAGGAACCCAUCAUGUCGCCCACCAGGCCGCGCGCCAACUCCCGUAGAGCCAGCCCGCCCAGCAGGAAGCGUGGACGCGGCGUGGUCGCCUGCAUCAACAGCCCCGCCACCUUCUGCACGACGUGGUACACCCACCCGACCGCCCCGGACUUUCCCAUCUGCUCGAGAUGCUACGAGGACUACCUCGUCGGCACCCGUUUCGAGCACGAUUUCCGAGGCAAGGUAUGCGACGACAACAAGCCCCGCGUAUGCCGCUUCAGCAAGCCCCGGAUCAGAGACCACAUCCUCCGAAACACCCUCGCCACCGGGCGGAUCGAGGACCUCGUCAGCUUCCUCGGCCACAGGAGCACCAUCCCCGACUGCAGAGGGCUCGACGGCGUCAUGGGGGGCCAGGGGGCCAAGUGGUUCCGCCCCAAGAACAACGCCGUCCCGAACAUGGUAGUCUGCCAGGCGUGCUUCGAAGACCACAUCCAGCCCUACCGCUUCGCCGCAAACUUUGAGCCGGCCUCCGGCCAGGCGCCCACCGACGUGUGGUCGUGCGACCUGUCCACCCCGUACAUUCAGAAAGUCUACAAGACCGCCGCGGCCGAGAACGACUGGGCCGGCUUCACCAAGGAGGCCGUCGCCCGCAUGACCAUGCCCGCCUGCGCCAAGCGGCAGAAGGUCACCGUCGGCUCCCGCAGGUGGUUCACACCGGCCGCCACCGCCGCCGGCGGCGUCCUCAUCUGCGCGGCCUGCUACCACGACCACAUCGUCGGCUCCGGCGAGGAGCGCAACUGGCGCGACGCCGGCCGCGACAACCUCGCCUCCCGGUACGGCAGCCUGGUCUAUUGUAUGCUGGGGCACUUCAACGUCGGCGUCGCCAUGUCGCGCGCCGCCGAGACCGGCGAGUUCUCCGUCUUCUGGGGCGCCCUCGACGCGGCGUGCAACGAGGACUUCUGCAGCCCGCAGGGGAUCAAGGACGGGAAGUGGUACACCUUCCCGUCCCACCCCGAGGAGUUUAGCAUCUGCGCCUCGUGCGUGGCCACCAUCGCCGAGCCCCUCGGCCUCUCGUCCUCCCUCGUCACCAAGUGCGGCGUGUCCCCCGGCACCACCAUCCUCUGCUCCUUCAACCCCGCGAGCCCGCGCUUCGCCUCGUACAUGGGCAAGCUCCUCGAGGGCUUCUUCACCGCCGACACGCAGCCCCUCGAGUCCUACGCGCUCGAGUUCGCCAGCCUGCCCCUCUGCCCCCGCGACGAGGAUUUCCAGAACCGGCGGUGGUACGGAUGGAAGGACUGCGCCGUCUGCCCGUCCUGCUACCACGAGUUCGUCCGCGGCACCGCCCUCGCCGCCUCCAUGCCCUUGAAGGGCGACAUGGUCCCCUCGAGCCUCAUGUGCGAGAUGUACAGCCCGCGCAUGCGCGGCCUCUACGCCGACGCCUGCGCGCGGUCCCCGCCCGACCCGUCGGAGCUCCUCAAGGCGUGCAAGGCUCGCCGUGCCGUGUACGCCGAGACCGUCCCCGCCAUCAGGGAGAUGAUCAUGGAGGCGCAGGCGGCGCUGGGCCAGCAACGGAUGCUGAGCACGAUGGGAUCGGCGAACGGCGGCGGGGCCAUGGGACAGAUCCAGGACGUCGCCAGGCAGAACGCCGCCGCGUGCGGCAUGCCGGCAGUCGGGUUCGGCUUCUCCAACCACUUUGAGAUGCAAGGCGCCUCGUAUGGGAAGCAGGCGAACUCGAUCCUGGCCGAGUCUGGGACGCGGGCGCUCGUCAUCAAACAGUUGGAGAGGAAGUGGAGGGAAGUAGAAUAA